UACAUGCUGCGCAUUAAGUGGGCCUGUCUGUCAAUUAAUACCCGGGCCACUUUUCCCCCCCAGUCCGCCCCUGCGUGUAGAUCUAAUCUAUGUUCACAUGUAAAUGAAGAAAGACUAAAUGCGGACCAGUCAACAGGCUACGGCAGAUAAGAAUGUGUUAUUUUUUUUCACUUACUCUCCAAAUCGUCUAGUGUGUUUCUCAAACUGUAUCAUUAGAGGAAAUUGUAUUACAGGAGGCCCAGGUGCUGUCAUGGACACUAAAAGAUCAAGUUGGUCCAAGCAAACAAGUGGGCAGCUCAUCCUUCGCAGGAUCCCAGCAGCACCUGGCUCCGCUUCAUUCAGUCCACUGAGAACCACGAUGGACCGGCACUACAAGUGGACAGCGGUCCUCCUGCCAGACCCCAGCCGGCCCCGCCUCAUCCUGCGCAGGACCCCAGCCCCCCCCUCCCAGAGUGGCUCCUCACCUGGCUCCCCAGGUACAGCUGCCUCUGGAUCUAACACUUCUUCUUCUCGCACCCCCUUCAGGGUGGUCUGCAGCUCCUCCCCCGGCUCCCACCUUGGCCCCCCAGCUGGCCCCGCCCCUGAGCCGAAGUGGAAGAAGAACCUGAGGCUUCUGAUGAAGAGGAGGGACCAGGCUGGCAGCAGGGGGAGCAGGAGAGGCGCUGUGGAUGAAGACCCUCCCCACCUGUUCCCGAGGAGGGCUGGUCUCUGGUGCCGUGUGCUCAUCCCACCAGGAUCGUCCUCCAGUGGCCGCAGCGGUCCGGCUCUUCCCCCCGACCCGAGCCCCCCCGUGAGCCUCUACCGGUGAGGAAGGUCCCGGAGCAGCAGUGGAUGAAGAGCGCCCGACUUCUGAUGAAGAAGAGGAGCCAGGUGGGCAGCAGAUGGCGCAAGAGAGGAGCCGAGGCUGCAGGUAUGUCAGCAGAGGGGAGGAAAGAAGAGGAGAGGAGGAGGGAGGCCAAAUUAAGAGUGACAUGUCACAAACAACAUGAGAGGAGAGGGUAGGAGAGGAGGUGGAGGGGCAAAACUAGGCAUGACUUCUCAUGUAAAGAAGAGACCUGAGAGGAAAUGAGGAGAGGAAGGGAGGAGGCAAUAAUUAAGUUUGACCUCUCACAAAAAAAGGUAUGCAUCAUUUAAUGUUAUCACCACGUUUCGUUAAAUUGAGUUCAUUUGUGAACGGGGUGGCGCAGUGGUCUGUGCAUCUGAUCAUCAGAUCAAGGGGAGUGCUGGGGAACUCCAGUUCGAAACCCGCUCCUGCCGCCACUGCGUCAGGCCGUUGUGUCCUUGGGCAAGACACUUCACCCGGAUUUGCUCCUGUGGGUAAUGUCCACAGUACAUGUAUGAUAUCAAUGUGUACUUGUAAAAGCGCCUCGAUGACUUCGAGGCGUGAAGAUGGACGGUGUGGCGCAGUGCGCUGUGCAAUGAUCAUCAGAUCAAGGGGUGAAACCUGCCGCUGCUACGUCUGUAAAGCCAUUGUGUCCUUGGGCAAGACACUUCACCUGAACUUGGUCCUGUGGGUAUUGUCCACAGUUGUCCCAUUGCAUGUAUGAUUAUGUGUAAUGUGUAUUUGUAAAAGCGCUUUGAGCAUCUGGAAAAGCGCUAUAAUAAAUGUAAGGAAUUAUUAUUAUUAU